AUGUGUUGUGGUAGUACUUCAAAGGAUGUAAGGAAUUUAUUGGCCGGGAGUGUUUUUAUAACAUGCAUUCUAGCAGCAGCAACAAGUGGAUUCCCAACAGAGCAACAAGAACAUGAUUUGCUGUUAUUGGAAGCUUUGUCAAGGAGAAAUUCACCCAGUAACUACUAUGGAAUGGAGGAAUCCGUAAUGGAUAUGCUUGGGAGAAUGAUCCCUCAGACUUGCCGGUUUCGUGGUCACAAAUUCGAAUGCGGUCUUUCGAUAUCGUGUGUUCUUGGCGGUGGUAAGCCGGUGGAUUUAUGUUCUGGUGGCAUGAUAUGGUCAUGUUGCGUGGAUAGAGAAUUGGACGCAGACAAAGAUCAAAAUGCUGCUGUAGCUCAAAAUACAAGUGAUAUCAUUCAUUUGCAUGACAUUUAUCCAGAUCUCGCCAACACCAACAAACCACAUCUCCAUGUCAAUCGUCCACCUCAUUAUCCGAAUCUCAUAAAUGAAAAAUAUCCAUCAACACCUCCCAUUUUGUAUCCAACUAAACAUCCGUCGACCUAUCCGUAUAAGCCCUUAUCCCGGCCACAUACUUGGGAGCAUGAAACGAAUCAUAUAAGCAGUGUUAGUCAUCCUGGGAUAACAAAUCAUCUGGAUAAUCAUUUUGGUAUUGAUGACACUCUUUUGGAUCAUCCGCAACAGCCGCAACAAUUUGGCGUGGGCAAUGGAAUUGAUAUUGGUGGCAAUUCUGCUGACGGUGGAGACUCCUAUCAAGAUGGAAGUUAUCGUCCUGUACCUGGUUGCGGUGAGGUAUUCACUCGUUCGAAUCGAAUUGUUGGUGGACAUUCGACUGGAUUCGGGUCACAUCCUUGGCAAGUGGCUUUAAUCAAAUCUGGAUUUUUAUCGAGAAAGCUGAGUUGUGGAGGUGCCCUGAUUUCAAGUCGAUGGGUUGUGACUGCAGCUCAUUGUGUUGCAACGACAACGAAUUCGAAUAUGAAGAUCCGCCUUGGAGAGUGGGACGUUCGAGGACAAGAAGAGCGCCUUGGACAUGAGGAAUAUGGAAUUGAAAGAAAAGAAGUACAUCCACAGUAUAAUCCGGCGGAUUUCAAAAACGAUUUAGCCUUAGUUAGGUUAGACCGAACGGUCCAGUACAAGCAGCACAUAGUUCCAGUUUGCCUACCUCCAGUAGCAACGAAGUUAGUGGGGAAGAUGGCAACUGUGGCAGGAUGGGGCCGAACGAGACAUGGUCAGAGUACAGUUCCCUCUGUUCUUCAGGAAGUUGAUGUAGAAGUCCUUUCAAACGAUCGCUGCCAGAGAUGGUUUAGAGCGGCAGGACGACGAGAGACUAUUCACGAUGUCUUCCUUUGUGCGGGUUAUAAGGAAGGCGGUCGUGAUUCUUGUCAAGGUGAUUCCGGUGGACCUCUAACACUCACAUUAGAAGGAAGGAAGACUCUAGUCGGUCUAGUGUCUUGGGGUAUUGGCUGUGGACGAGAACAUCUGCCUGGUGUUUAUACGAAUAUUCAAAGAUUUGUGCCUUGGAUUAAUAAAGUAUUGGCCAAUGAUGAGAGUACGUAAGCUAUGAUGGAGAUGUUUAACGAAAACUUGUUGGCCAAAGUGAUACUUCCUA